AUGAUCAUUCCAUAAAUGAUCAACAGAGGUUGCAAUAAAGACCAAAGCAAUUAAUAGAACCACAAAGGUCGUAAACUAGAGUUCUAUGCAAAUAAGCAAUCUAUAGAUUUACUGAUAGCUCCUAAUGGAUUACCAGAUAUUUAAACAGGUACUGAAAUAGCCAUAAAAUUGUUAAAUAAGCUAUAUAUCAAAGAAAGAAUUUGCAAAUGA